AUGAAGGGAGCUUCUGCAACAGAGUAUCAGAAAAAACACAAAUCGAACCUAAAGAAGAGAUUCCAGUGUGUCUUUGAAGGAAUUGCUAAAGGAGGAAACCCGACCUUAUUAAACCAGAUCUACACAGAGCUCCACAUUACAGAGGGAGGAACUGGGGAGGUUAAUGAAGAACACGAGGUCAGACAGAUCGAAACAACCUCCAGAAAACUAGACUACCCUGAAACGAUCAGAAAGGAGGACAUCUUUAAGCCUCGUCAUGAAAAAGCUCAACCAAUCAGAACAGUUCUCACCAAAGGAGUCGCAGGCAUUGGGAAGACCUUCCUAACACAGAAGUUCACUCUGGACUGGGCUGAAGACAAAGCAAAUCAGGAUAUUCACUUUACUUUCCCAUUUACCUUCAGAGAACUCAAUCUGCUAAAAGACAAAAAAAUAAGUUUGGUGAAACUUAUUCAUCACUUCUUCCCAGAAAUCAAAGACAUCAGCAAUUUGGAUCAAUUUAAGGUUCUGUUGAUCUUUGAUGGUCUGGAUGAGAGUCGAUUUCCUCUGGACUUUCACAGCCAGGAUAUCAUGACGGAUGUUACGGAGUCCGCUUCAGUGGACGUUCUGCUGUUAAACCUUAUCAGGGGGAAGCUGCUUCCAUCCGCUCUACUCUGGAUAACAUCAAGACCUUCAGCGGCCAAUCAGAUACCUCCUCAGAAUGUGGAUUUGGUGACAGAAGUUAGAGGAUUCUCAGAUUCUCAAAAGGAGGAGUACUUUAGAAAGAGGUUUAAAGAUAAGAGGAAAGCCAACCUGAUCGUCUCCCACAUCAAAUCCUCACGUAGCCUUCACAUCAUGUGCUACAUCCCAGUUUUCUGCUGGAUCAAUGCUACAGUCUUAGAGGAUGUGCUAAAGGUAAGACAAGAAGCAGAGCUGCCCAAGACUUUGACCGAGAUGUACAUCCACUUCCUGGUGGUUCAGACCAAGAUUAAGAAGGUCAAGUAUGAUAAAGGCGUAGAAACGGAUCCACAUUGGGGACCAGAGAGUAAGACAAUGAUCGAGUCUCUGGGCAAACUGGCUUUUGAUCAACUGCAGAAAGGAAACCUGAUUUUCUACGAAGCUGACCUGAGGGAUUGUGGCAUCGAUAUCACAGAAGCCUCAUUGUACUCUGGAGUGUUCACGGAAAUCUUUAAAGAGGAGAAAGGACUGUACCAGAGCAAGGUCUUCUGCUUCAUCCAUCUGACCGUUCAGGAGUUCCUGGCUGCUCUUUAUGUCCACCUGACCUUCGUUAACUCUGGACUUAAUCCGAUGAUGGAAAAACAAAAUACAUCAGAAAGAGGAGAACGCAGAGCUGCAGCAAUCCAACUUCACCAGCAUGCUAUCGACAAAGCCUUACAAUCUGCCGCAGGACACCAUGACAUGUUCCUUCGCUUUCUGUUAGGACUUUCUCAGCCAGAAAAUCAAAACCUCCUACUCGGCUUGCAGGCACAUAAACCGAGCAUCUCACAAAGCAACCAAGACACAAUCCAGUACAUCAAGAAGAAAAUCGUUAGUGAUAUUUCUGUGGAGAAAAGCAUCAAUCUGUUCCACUGUCUGAAUGAGAUGAAUGACCGUUCUCUUGUGGAGGAGAUCCAACAGUACCUGAGAUCAGGAAGCCUCUCCACGGGUAAACUCUCUACGGCUCAGUGGUCGGCUCUGGUCUUUAUCUUAUUGACUUCCGACGAAGACUUGGCUCUGUUUGACCUAAAGAAAUAUUCUGCUGAAGAAGAAACUCUUCUAAAACUGCUUCCAGUGGUCAAAGCCUCGACCAGAGCCCUACUGAGUGGCUGUAACCUCUCUGUCAGAAGCUGCGAAGCUCUGUCUUCAGUUCUCAGCUGUCAGUCUUCCAGCCUGAGAGAACUGGAUCUGAGUAACAACAAGCUGCAGGACUCAGGAGUAAAAAAACUUUCAGCUGGAUUGGAAAGUCCCAACUGUAAACUGGAGAGCCUUAGCCUUACAGGUUGCCUGAUCACAGAGGAAGGCUGUGCAUCUCUCGCCAAAGCUCUGAGCUCUAACCCGUUCCACCUGAAAGAGCUGGACCUGAGCUACAAUCACCCAGGGGAUUCAGGAGUGAUGCUUCUGUCUUCUAGGGUGGAAGAUCCACACUGCAAACUAGAAAUCCUCAGAGUGGACCAUAUUGGCAAGCAGUGGUUAAAACCUGGUCUGAAGAAGUAUUUUUGUGAACUGGAACUGGAUCCAAACACGGUUAGCAGAAAGCUACUACUGUCUGACAACAACAAAAGGGUGAACAUUGUCGACGAGGAGCAGUCAUAUCCUGAUCAUCCAGACAGAUUCGAGUGGAAUCAACUUCUGUGCACAAAUGGCCUGACUGGUCGCUGUUACUGGGAGGUGGAGUGGAGUGGGAGAGUCCUGGUAUCAGUGAGCUACAGACGGCUCACACGGAGGGGUCUCAGCAGCGACUGCUGGUUUGGAGGAAAUGAACUGUCAUGGAGUCUGAGGUGCUGCGACGAUGUCGGUUACGCUGUCUGUCACAACAACAUUAUGACAGCCGUCCCUAUUCCUGCCUCAUGUCUCUCACACAGAGUAGCGGUGUAUUUGGAUCAUCCUGCUGGAACUCUGUCCUUCUACAGAGUGUCCUCCGGGAAUCUGACGCACCUUCACACCUUUAACGCUACCUUCACUGAGCCGCUAUACCCUGGCUUUGGAUUCUGGUUUGAGUCCUCAGCUUCACUCUGCUCUCUGUGAUGAUGGUACUAUUCGGAAAGGAAAUUCCACUUCAAGUAUCUGGUCUAAAGCUACCUUAUAUUACUAUCACAUUAGCUUAAACUAAUUAAUAAAUAAAUGGUAAAAUGAGCAAUAUUCAUAGCACAUUAUUAAAUGGAGUGACUAUUGGCAUGUGUCAUGAAACGCGGACAGAAUGACCCAGUAUUCAAGGAGAGACAGUCAGUAGAAAACUUCAAAAAGUUUCAGGAUGGGGAGCGGGGCACCGCCCAAUCAUGGACACUCUGCAAGAGAAAGACAUGUAAGU